AUGACGAGAAUCAUAGACAGGAAAACAGAUGAAUUUAUUACAAAACAUAUCAAAGACAACGCUCGUACAGGUCUCCAGAUCGACAGUGACGACAAUAAAUUUGUCUGGUCGGGUUUUAAAGAACUCAGUUAUACAAACUGGAAAGGGAGCGAACGAGCGCCAAUCCAAGGACAUUGUGUAUCUCAAACUAAGACUGGAUGGGUCAUGGAGGAAUCUACCAAGCUACGGCCAUCUCUCUGUGAACAUGAUGCAAAGAUCAUCUAUCACUGCAAAGACCUGUUCAAAUAUGGCGUAUCUGAGAGUGGUCUGUACGCCAUAUCUGGAUCAUCAGUUUAUUGUGACAUGGAAAAUGAUGGUGGAGGAUGGGAAGUUAUCAUGAGAAGAUCCAACGAUGGUGUAACUUUUGAACAAGAAAACUGGGCCAGUUACGAGGCAGGGUUUGGAUCAAGAACGUCGAAAACAUCUAGUUUUUGGCAUGGCAACAAAUUGAUAUAUGGUCUAACUUUUAAACGUCACAAAAGCUUAUUAAUCAACAUAGUACUUGCCAAUAACACCAAAUAUUACGCUUUUUAUGACAAUUUUGAUGUCCUUCACAGUGGUCACAGGUAUAUGUUGCAAGUGAGCGGUUACUCAGGCAAUGCAGGUGACGCACUGAGUGAUCACAAUGGCGCGAAAUUCAGUACUCCAGAUAAAGAUUUCGAUAAAAAUGAUACUGUUCACUGUGCAAAAGUAUUUGGGGGCGGUUGGUGGUUCAAGUCGGAUUGUCUUGUAUCUAAUCUCAAUGGAAAGUAUUCUACUUCGUCGGGUGAUCGACACCAUAUUUACUGGGAAACACUCCAUGCUCCUAUCAAAUACGUAGAGAUGAAAAUCAAGACUUUUUCAUCAGUGACAUACCCUAGCUUUAACUUCUUGAGAACAAUGCACAAUGACGACCAGAAAGGAUUCAGAAUCCAWUACAAUGGAAUAAGUCAUCUUGUUACUGUAAGGUCAUCGACAAAAAAAUGGCAGCUUUCAUUCCCCGCACCGUCACACAUAUGGUACCACGUGAUGAUCACGUGGAGUGAAGCUACUGGUAUACUAUAUUAUGCAAAUGGCUUGCUAAAGGCAGCGAGUGUAAGUUUUGAAGUUGUUAAAAACACAGCUUCUGGAACUAAUCUCAGACUCGGUGGCGCAGGUGACGGUCGAAUUGAAAGUUAUAUAUUUCGUCUUGGUGUCUGGAAUCGUCAGUUAGAGCAGCAUGCUGUGGAGAAUGUAUAUCGAUUCAACAAUUACUCCUUUGAGGUAGGAAGGAUAAGGUGGCCUAAUAAACCGUAUAACAAAGCCUCUAAAAACCAUCAUUUGGACUGGAAACGCAAUUCUGGGUGCACACCAAGCGUUGGGACUGGGCCUUGCACAGAUCAUUCUUUUAAAAACCCUCGAGGGUCAUAUCUAUAUGCAGAGGCCUCCGCCCCAGGCGUGAAAGGAAACUACUCCAUUAUUCAGUCUCCUCUAAUUCCUGGUGUAUAUCGAUGCAUACGUUUCUGGUUUCACAUGCAAGGGACUGGCAAUGCCGAACUUACUCUUAAAGAUUACAAAACAAACGUAUGGAAAGUGUUACAAAACAACAAACGAGGCUGGCAACAUGGACAGGCAUCUACAAGAACUCUCAACGCCUUCUAUCAAAGAAUAUAUUUUAUCUCAUCAAUUAAUGAAAACUUCGAGAGUGAUAUUGCUAUUGAUGACAUCAGCUAUGACGUCAGACCAUGCACAAGCUUUUCAUUGCAUUCCCUGAACGAUCAGUUCUCGUAUGAAGCCAUUGGUUGUUACAAAGACCCUGGGUGGGUUAUAGGGAAUCUUGAAGACAUGCUUUCACUUUCCGAUUCAACACCUUACGGACAACGUACAAAUGCCAUACAAAAAUGUGCACAGGCCGCAAAGGMUCGUGGUUACUCCGUGUUUGGUUUAAAGAAAGGCGGAUACUGUAGAGGUGGUUAUGAAGGUCAUCUUCACUACCAAAGGGCAGGCAUUGCCACAGACUGUCCUGCAAAUGGAAAAGGAAGCUCAACAUCUCUAAAUAUUUACAAAUUUGAUGUUUGUGAUCCUAAAUGCCCCAAAGGAAUACCCUGUAACGUAAAAACACGGACGUGUGAGUGUCCAGACAUGAAAUAUAUCGAUGAAGAAUGCAAAACCACUUUGUACAAAACUACUUUUAUUGAUGCAUCACAUUACUGGUCGUUUGAUGAUGUUUUACAAAUCACUGAUCUGGUUCGGUACAAGUCCGCCGUCAUUGAAGGAAAAAUUAGCAUUGCCAAGAAGGGAGCGUCCAAUAAGGCAAUACAGUUGAAUGGUACGUCCAAUUCUAUAGUCUUAGGUGACUUUGCUAGCGAAUGCAUUGGAAACUUUGAACUGUGUGCAAACGGUCUGACGAUCUCCGUAUGGAUAAAACAUUACUGGAAUAUCAAAGACAACACCAAGCAUGUUUUCCUUUCCCUUGGAAGUACUUCCGGACUCGAGAAAGGAUUUCAAAUUGGCUACGAUCCAACCAUUCAAGGCGAAUCACCUUACGUUUCCCUGCUUCUAACUUUCACUACCAAAUCGUGCAAAUUCAAAUUUCCAGUCCUUGGGCGUGAACUUUGGAAUCAUUACGGAUUUUCGUUCAAGAAUCUAUCUGUACUGAGUGUAUAUCACAACGGCCAACUUGUAGAGUCAACAAUGAAAGAAGCAUGCACAACUGUUACAACCAUUGAACCCAAGAACCAUAAACUACGCGUUGGUUUAACUACACAAAAUUCGGUGUUCGAAAUCGACGACCUUGUUGUUUGGUAUAAAUGGUUAAACGAGACUGACUAUUUGGAUCGUUAUAAAGUCAUCGGAGGAGGCAAAGAGCAGAAAGUUAAUUUYAUUCUCAAGUUAAGUGACUCGGAAUGGCAUGAUUCGCUGAAAAACCUGGAGAGCCAYAAUGCAACAGUACUUAUGAAAAUCGUCUCUGACAAUUUCAAGGUUAUACUGAAAGACGCUGGUUCAAAACAACCAGUCAUUGUUGAUAUCAAUGGAUUCAGCAAAGGUAGUGUUAACGUAAACGUUACUCUCAAGUUCGGGUCGCUAACGUACAAUGACAGUCUGAUAUUGGAAAAAUGGCUGUUCGAAAAGGAAAUGUUGAACAAUAUCAGUGUCAAAGUUCUGGGUAUGACAUCUUCUACAGUUCCACAAUUAUACCCCAACAUGACGUCUAGUCCAUACAACCUGUCUGCUAUUCAAUUAGAUUGGGAUUCUUUAGACAACGAGUACGAUCUCUUUCAAGGAUAUAAAAUAAUAUACCGAGAAACCGAAAAACCUGAAUCAGCCUUCCAAGUACAUACGGUAUAUGGCGAGACCAAGAMAACUCUGAUCACCAACCUUGAKCCUGGWGUAAAUUACACUAUAAGAAUGUUAAUUAUUUCUCUGGCUGGUGAUGGCUUUAUUUCUCCAAUCAUAUAUGGAAUCACCAAAGAUGACUUCCCAAAUGGUAUCCCGAUUAUUACAUCGUAUGUAAAUACAAGUUCUUCUUCCCUGCUCGUGAAUUGGACUCACAUCGCAAAAGAAARYUGGAGAGGWGUUCCUCUAGGUUACCGCAUCGUCUACUGGYCASCRGARAUACCAACUGAARCAGUGCAAAAUACAACGGUCCUUCCAGAACUGGCCUUCAUUGAGCUGACAGGUUUAAGAAAAUUCGCUAACUAUUGUWUAAAGACUGCAGSUUAUAACAAAGCUGGAGAUGGYAACUUCACACAAACAGUAUGCUUGAAAACUGAUGAAGAUGUCCCUGAUCGACCACCGGCAAACGUCGAAAUUAGGAAUGUAACGAAUAUGAUGCUGAAAGUAACCAGUACAGGUGUACCACUACRCAAUCGUAAUGGUAUUAUAUUAAAAUACACCGUUAAUUGGACAGCAUACGAUGGCAGCAGUCAWGGAGUAGAGACAUGUGUGAAUUCAACUCUUAUAACAUGUUAUAUCAAGGGCUUGACGAUUUACACUCGAUAUAACAUAUCAAUGACGUCAUUUACUCGAUUAGGGGCUGGUAACUACAGYGCUUGGUACACUGUUCUAACGGAUGAGAGUGUCCCAUCCUUACCUCCACCUGAUCUAAAAGGCUUCAAUACCAGUUCUACAUCCCUCGUCCUCUCAUGGUCAACAAUACCACAAGACCAUCACAAUGGUCGAUUGGGAGGGUUUGUUAUCAAGUAUUCUAUAAAGAACACUUACAAAUGGCAGUAUAUAUGGAUUUGCAAGUCGACUUUAAGUACAAACCUUACGUUACUAAAACCAUAUAGGGAAUAUAACAUUUCUGUUGCUGGAUUCACUGGAGUGGGAAUUGGACCCGUUAGCAACGUAUACGUUUGGACUGAUGAGGACAUCCCAUUUUCACCUCCAGUCAACUUUAGCGGUACUAAUCUUACGUCGACAAGCCUUCGACUGCAGUGGGAAGCUGUUCCCUACGAACAUGCUAAUGGCUUGAUACUUGGAUAUACAAUCCAAUUGCUCAAGACUCAUAUCAUAUACAAAAACAUCUUGAAUACAUCCAGCUACAAUAUCACUGUCCUUGGUGAAUCUUCAUUACAUCGUGUGUUCACCUUACUUGAGAUGUUUACCGAUUACACAUACCGUAUUCUAGCGUUUACUAGUAAAGGAAAUGGGAACUUUACUGAAGUCAUAACCGUCAGGACGAACGAAGAUACACCAUUUAUUCAACCGUUGAACUUUACUGUAGAAAGCCUUAUAUGGCAUACGUCACGUGCUAACUGGACUCUGAUCCCCCCCGUGAAGAUCCCUGGGAUAUGUCGAGGAUAUAUYCUACACUAUUUACGUAAAGAAGGGACUAAAGAUGUUGGCAAAAGUAUUCAAGUUUCUGCCAAUACAACUAGCGUUCUGAUUCCAAACCUGGCUGGAUAUAUUCUCUACGACUUCUGGAUUUAUGCUUUUACGUAUCCUCAUCUUAUUGGACCUCAUUCAAAUGUCAGCAUACGAACCCUUGAUUGGUUGCCAUUGAUACCUCCUCGUAAGUUCACCGCAAUACCUGUGUCAUCGACAAGUAUUAAAGUGAGUUGGGAAAAGCUGCCAGAAGAAUUAACCAAUGGUGUAAUGGUUGGAUAUAUACUCGAAUAUACAAACAAUAAUAAAACUAAGAGUAUGAAUGCCACUUACUCUGCUGACACGACAUCAGCAACCUUAACAAACUUAUGGAAGUUUAAUUACUUCACACUCAAGAUCAUUCCUAGAAAUGUUAAUGGUUUUUGUAGAUACUGGUCAGACAGUACGACCGUACGGACUUUUGAAGACACUCCAGAUAAGUCUCCUGCAAACUCGACUGGUCAGUCUGUAAGCCCAACGUCUGUCUUGAUCAACUGGAAACCAGUACCACGUGACUACCAAAACGGCUACAUUACMAAGCAUUCAGUGUUUUAUCGAUUGAUAGCAAUAGCUGARGAACCUGUACUGGGUCAACCAACAAUACGAAAAGAUGUUGGUCCAACAACAUACGAGCUGUUGAUUCAAGAUUUGCAAUCAUUUGCUGAUUACGAUGUGAUGGUUCUCGCUCGAACCGUCAAGGGAGACGGGGUUAAAGCAGCAGCGUUUGUGACUUCAACUUGUCGGUGUUAUGAACACGUUACCACAAAUUGGCGAAUCAUGCCACCCUACGUAACGCAUGAUGAAAUAGGACUAGUAAACAAGCCAAWAGGAAUGAUGCCCGCCAUUAUUGAAGCAGGUGUACUGGACUGCUGCAGAGAUUGUCCAGCUUUUGGAAAAGUGAAAAUAAACUUCUUCCGAGACGGAAACAAUAACCCCGCCGAAAAAGAAAAAGAUAUCGAAGUCAAGUCUGCCAUAGAUGACGAAACAGACUUAAGUUUUCCCAUAUUUGGAUAUACUGACCAAACUCAUUACGCAAAGUACUAUGGGUAUACACCUAUYGUUCCUAGUUCUGGUGUAGCCUUCAUCGUUAACAGGCAGCAAAGUGUUGCUUCACCCAAUAACGUUGCAUUAGCAGUAUUUAACUGUUGGCCUUUGCUCAUGCUUAAUGUUAUUUUAGCCUUUGCAGUUGGCGUCAUUGUAUGGCUCUUGGACUCGAAAUACAAUCCAGACCACUUUCAUGGUUCAUUCAUACGUGGAGUUGGCAGUGGGUUUUGGUUUGCAUUYGUUACGCUCACAACAGUUGGCUAUGGUGACAAGACRGUAGUCACCAUUCCAGCUCGUAUUUUUACUGUAUUCUGGACUCUGUUUGGCCUUGUUGUGUUUGGUAUUCUAAUGGGGUCCUUCAGCGCUGCUUUUGAAACCAUGGUAUAUGCCGAGACAAAAAGUGACAUAAUGACUGCAUUGUAUGGAACCAAGGUAGCUGCAAUUGAUAACUCCUCAGAACAUCGACUUGGACUACGCAAAAAUGCUAAAGUCAAUACAGUUCAUCRUUACAAAACAGUCGAAGAGAUUCGAGAUGCCUUGGUUAAUGAGGAAGUUAAAGGAGCUUUAGUCGAUGCUUACGAAGCUGCAUAUCAUCAUUCGUUGUUUGAACACCGCUUAUUAAGGCUAACGAGUGUGUACCAUAUUCCGACUGCUAACGGUCUUGUCUUAGCUGGAAAAAUCAAGAAAAUUGAAAAAUGUAUGUUGGAGUACAUGAGUGCGAACCGGGGCUGGAUAUCGCAUCACAUCGCAAAAAAUGCACAAACACUAAAACAAUCCAAAGCACCAAUGGUCGAAGUUGCGCAAGAUAUGGUCGACAGCACGUCCAACAUUUUCCUUCAGUCUCAAACAAGUCUUAUUGCUAUAUUUGCAAUUGUGGCUGUCUUUGGUCUGYUGUCUGAGGCUUUUAGGCGAUUUAGAAAACCCAAAAAGAAAGAAGACGUGUAUUCAGUGAAAAUUGACACUGACGAACUAAGACGAACCUCUAACAAAAUGCUUUUAACAUUAAAGAAGAGAAUAAAUAUACACAAACAMAAAUUGGAGAAACUUAUGAAAAAACAAUGAAGAAUUUGGAAAGUCUACCAUUACUGAUGGAUGACAAUUCUUCAAGACGAGUGUUUAAAGUGCUGCACAAGGUGUAACGAGAAACUCUUGCAAUUGAGGCUCCGGAUAUCAAAUAUGCAAUAUUAUAUAUUAAAAAACAAAUUGCACGUCCUGCAAGGGAGAAAUAUGUAGAUAUGAAUUUCGGAUUUGCGUUUCGCUCCAGUUGUUAAACACAAAAGAAUCGAAACGAGGCGCGUACGUAAUGCUCUGAAACUAUUGUCUUUCCACGAAUGACUGAGCUUUAUGCACGGCGCCUCGUCUUGAUUCUUUUGUGUAAGACUACCGAGGCAAAAUUCGCAAGUCAGCUGUUGUGCUAAGCAUGUCAAGGAAAAUGCCUCCUUACUAUUGGGCUUCCUAUAUUUGGCUUACUCUGAAGCCAUUCAUCACCACUCUUCCUCUUGUGGUUCCCAGUUUCUCUCAUCGUUUGACCACAGGAAAUCCAAUGGAAAUGAGUUGCUUUCAAAGCUGGAAAAGAACGACUAACUUAUUAUUGCUACCGCCUCACAUUGCGCGCCGAAAAUCAACGAUUUUUACUAAAUAAAGACUGAUUAACCAUA